UGCGCGCUUUGCCUGCUUUCUAUCGUCAGCUUCCGUAGUUUCCUGUUUGGUUUCCAAGGAAAUUAGGAUCAUGGUGGCUUCGGUAUUUUCAUCUGAGUGAAUCCUUGGGGCAAAGAAGCUGCACAGAUACCGGUAAUGGCAGAGCUGCACAUUAUCGGUCAGAUCGUUGGGGCUAGCGGCUUCCCUCAGAGCAGUCUCUUCUGUAAAUGGGGAAUUCAUACAGGAGGUGCAUGGAGACUUCUCUCUGGCCUGAAGGAGGGGCAGACCCAGGUGGAUUUGCCUCAGACGGGGGAUAUGGCAUACUGGAGUCAUCCCAUUGAUCUGCACUACACCACUAAAGGACUGCAAGGUUGGCCCAAGCUUCACCUGCAGGUUUGGCACCAGGAUUCAUUUGGGCGCUGUCAGCUGUAUGGUUAUGGAUAUUGCCAUGUGCCCUCCAGCCCAGGGCACCACCAUGUACGCUGUGUGACCUGGAGACCACUGGGAUCCUGGCAAGAGCAGAUAGCUCAAACCUUUGUGGGUGGAGGUCCCCAGCUGCGCUCCCCAGACCUCGUAUACAGUGGGGCGGACAGAUAUAGGCUGCACACAGUUGCUAUGGGCACUGUGGAGCUGGAGCUCGGCAUCAUCAUGCGACAUUUUGACAGAUAUGGUGUAGAGAGCUGAAAUGUAGAGAUGGGACAGCAAAGGGUGAAUGGAGGGAAGCCUGAAUGGAGCACUGUAUUGUUAGUGGGUGGGGGCGGUGUGGAUUUGGACCAUAUCUGCACCGGGGUACAUAAAAGAAGGUCAGAUGAGAUAUUUUGCCUUGUGAGAUGCGUUGAUGUGGCAUACAUGCUGAGAAGAACCUUUCAACACCAUCUGCCUUCCCGAUUGUCAAUAUUUUUUAGAACAUUUCAUAUCAUCGAGGUUGUAUUUUAAACAAUGCGAACAAUUUCAGUUUGAUACUUUUCUAUGAAUUCCUUGUGUUUUAUAUAGUAGAAUUAUGUAAAUAAAUCAAUACAAUGUACCAAA